CCACAAAUUAAAUGGAGGUCCACGAAGCAGCCGCGAGUGGUGAUAGUGAUCAAAUCGAGGCCUUAAUGAACACGUCUAGAUAUGAUGUAAAUUUACCAGAUCUUGAAUGGGACAGUCGUACACCAUUGCACUGGGCUGCCAUAAAAGGCCAUGCUGAGAGUGCCCGUGUCUUAUUAGACAACGGAGCUGAUGCUACAAUGGCAACAGAGAGCGGAUGGACAGCAGCCCACUUUGCUGCUGAAAUUGGUAAAGUUGGUAUCCUACGUGUGUUACACAAAUUCAAAGCUCCAAUGGACAUGCCAGAUACCUCUGGAGAUACCCCCAGGGAUAUUGCUCAGCUGUAUGGUCAUCAGGAAUGUGUUGCAUUUUUUGACAUGGUAGAACAAGAAGCCAUUGAAAAGGCACUGCAAAACCUUGCAGAAGAAAAGAUGAGAAAGUUAGAACAGUCAAACUCAACUAAGAGAAAGAAGGGAGGGAAGAAACCAAACACAACCAAAAUAAAAAAGGAAAACAGUGUAGAGACAGUUUAACAUUGCAGUACACAUGUAUAACUAUAGCUUUGUUAUAAUUAAUAUAAAGAUGAACAAUUUAUAUUGCGCCAACUUAUAAAAAAUAUAAAAAUGAUCAAAGGCACAAUUACUCCUCAAAAUAGGUUUUUUUUUAAAUUUUUUAAAAGAUUGCUGUGGUAUAUAUACAUUAUAUAUAUAUUUUGCAAAUAUUUUGUAUUGAGUAUAAAUAAAAGUUUACAUACUUGACUUCAAAGUAGCAUUUUUUAAAAACAGUUGAUGCCAUGAUCAAUCUGUGACCCCUAUAAAUUAGCGGUAACAUUAGCAUUGCGCCAAACAAUUGUGCUCCAUCUUUCUCCUACAUAUGCAUCACACCUUAGUCCCACCAUAGUUGCAGCUGAAAAAAAAAAAUUUAAAAUUUCCCUGACAAGUUUUACUGUCGUAACUGGGUAAGGUGGCCCACCUGCUGAUGUUGCCCCUGCUAUAAAUUUAAAAUCCAGCACUUUCCAUUCAACGUGUAUCCAAAUUGAAAUUGCGCACUUCAUAAAAAUUUGUGAAAUCUUCUAAAACAAAUUAUUUAAACAAAAUGCCUUUUCCCUCCUGCAAUCUAGUAGAGUCCAAGACCUUACAUGGUUUGAAGCAUCCAGUCAGUGUACAGAAUUUUGAUGCAAAAUCUCCAUUCAGCAUGUAGCCUUGUCUACAUUUUGUCAUGUACACUACUUUCCAUUUAGCACCUGCUCCAGAAAUUUUCCAAAAGGGGUCAUGGAUGUCCACAACCAAAUGUCUGUCUAUGGUCUCCAAUUGUUAUACUUUAGUAAUAGCAUGUUUAUUUAUGAGGGGGGGGUUUAUUUAAAGUUCCAUGAUCAUAAAAUUUAUAUUUUCUCAUCUGGUAACAAAAUGAUCUCAUGUGCUGUACCUGGAAUGUGUAACCAAAUUUUUUUUAAGUUCUCUCCAGACAAAGACUAUUGUAUGCUCAUAUUAUAUUCAUGAUGUGAUGUCAUCAUGACCAUAUUUAGGCAUGUCACAUGUUUUUGUCAAAUAAAAUUUGAUAGCAUUGCUGUCAUCUAUAAAGACAAAAACAAAAUCAAUGUUGAAAGUAUGGAAGAAUUUUAUUUUAUAUUUUUUAUGUGAGGCUGAUACCUUUCACUGAUCAUUCUUGAGUUUUCAACUCACUGUCAUGAGUAACCCGACACAACAUAACAUGUUCUACAUCAUUUUACUGCUGGGCAGUGCUAAACAAUCCUGAUUUUAACUACACCUCUGAAAUAUAAGAUUCUGAUUUCAGAACGAAGGAAGAAAAUAUUCAUAUGCAUUACCAUUUAUUUUCUAAAAUUUCUCUUGGCUGGUAAAAUAGUAAAAGCUAAAAUUGCAGACACUUUCAAAAUAUAUAGAUUACAGAAAAAAA